AAAGGAAGAGCGUGCCUCAUCGUCUCUGAUCUGAAACAUCAAUAGUGAUCAUGGAGGCCUGGGUCAUCGGCGUCGUCUCUCUCGUUCUCUGUUUUUCCAUAAGACCACUUCUCACUCUUCUCUUCCCCUCGCUCAAGAAAUCACAUCGUCUUCCUCCAGGUCCUCUCCCCAUUGUUGGCACCCUCUUGUUUCUUCGCAUAUCUUUCAAUAAACUCGAGCCUCUCCUUCUUCGUCUUCAUGCCAAGUACGGUCCCAUUAUCACCUUCCCCAUCGGCUUCUUUCCAGCCAUUUUCAUCGCCGACAGAUCCCUCGCCUACCAAGCCCUUGUUCAGAACGGCGCCGUCUUCAGUGACCGUCCCAAAGCCCUCGCCACCAGCAAGAUCAUCAACAGUCACCAGCACAACAUCAGCUCCUCCGGCUACGGCCCCACCUGGCGUGCCCUCCGCCGUAACCUCACCGCCGAAAUCCUCCACCCCGCCCGGAUCAAGUCCUUCUACGGUACCCGCCGGUGGGUGGCCGACAUGCUCGUCCAAAAGCUGAGGGUUCACUGCGAAACCUCCAACCGCAUCAAACUCAUGGACCAUAUUCUGCAUGCCAUCUUCAGCUUGCUGGCUUUCAUGUGUUUCGGUGAGAAGCUGUCCGACAAGCAAAUCAGCGAGAUCGAACGUGUUCAGCGAACUAUACUUUUGAGGUACAACAGGUUCCUGAUGCUGAACUUCUGGCCGAAAAUGGCAAAGAUAUUGCUGCGAAAACGAUGGGAUGAGUUCAUGCAACUACGGAACGACCAAGCCGACGUGAUGGUUCCUCUGAUAAGAGCAAGGAAGCUCGUCAAGGAAGAGAGACUGAGCAAAGCAAAAGAGGACGAGAAAGGAGAAGUGAUAGUGGCAUAUGUGGAUACUCUGCUGGAUUUAGAGUGGCCUGAGGAGAAGCGAAAGCUUGAAGAAGAUGAAAUCGUCAAUUUGAUCUCGGAGUUUCUGAAUGCAGGAACAGACACCACAGCCACAUCACUGGAAUGGAUCAUGGCCAACUUGGUGAAGUACCCACAGCUCCAGCAACGCCUUUACGACGAAAUCAAAUCUGUGAUGGGAGACUCAAAGGAGAGGAUGGUCAAUGAAGCUUAUUUAGGCAAGCUUCCGUAUCUGAAGGCCGUGAUCCUGGAGGGCUUGAGGCGACACCCUCCUGGUCGAGUUCUGAUCCCGCACUCUGUGACGAAGGACGCGGUUCUGAAUGAUCACUUGGUGCCCAAGAACGGAACUGUGAAUUUCAUGGUGGCCCAAAUGGGUUGGGAUCCGAAGGUGUGGGAGGACCCAAUGGAGUUCAAGCCAGAGAGAUUCCUGAACAGGGAGAAGAAUGAGGUGGAGGCGUUUGAUUUCACAGGGACGAAGGAGAUAAAGAUGAUGCCGUUUGGGGCGGGAAGGAGGAUGUGCCCAGGCAACAACUUGGCCAUACUUCAUAUGGAAUAUUUUGUGGCCAACUUGAUUUGGAAUUUCGAGUGGAAAUCCCCAGAUGGAGAUGUUGAUUUGACUGAGAAACAGGAAUUCACCAUGAUGAUGAAAACUCCAUUGCACGUCUCUCUAUCCCCGAGAUUUUAGGACUGGGCAGGUCUUCUGCAGAUCAGUACGUGUCUCUCGCUCUAGAGGGGAGAAAGAGAAAGAGAGAGAAGUAAUUUUAAAUUUCAAAUUCAAGUUUAAAGCUUUUUUGUUUGAUCUGCAGAUGAUCUUAACUGAGAGAUGACCUGCGGGCGGGCGGGCGUUUAGAUGUUUAGAGCAUUGAAAGUAAUUACGUGCACUGAAGGGUACAAAUUCUUCUAUAUGUAAAAACAAAUUUAUGGCUUGCUAGAGUUAUACUCUCUAGCUAUUUCUGUCAGCAUUGUUUCUUUCUUGUUCAUGUUAAGUCUGUGAUAUGGAAUAAAGAGCUAUGUUUGUCACUUGCA